UAACAUUGAAAUUCGUGACGGCUGCACACAGUUGAUUGUAACGUGCGGGAAGGCAGAGUAUGUGUGGUCUGUUUACGUGUAGAACGACUGGUGGUAUGCAAGGAAGAUCUUACUGUUCAACAGAUGUUAAAGAAAGGAUGCUUAAACCGAAGAUUUUGUAUCCAGGCAGUCAUUGUGACCUUCCUCUUUGGCUGUGUGGUGAUAUAUUAUUGUCCCAUGGUGCUGAAGCAAUUGUCUUUCUACAAAAGUCCAUAUAAGACUGAUACAAUUAAUCUCAGCCACCUAAUGAAACAGGAAUUUUAUCAGGAGAAUUGUUUUCAAGGAGACCUUGAGCUUACAUUAAACAGGUUACAUGAAAAUCUUCUGAAGUGGUCAAAAGCUUACCAUAGAAAAUGCCAAAUACUGUGGAAGAAGUUCCACACAAUAUACCGAGUGAAUGUGAGGGAAGCAAAACAAAGUUUCCCGCCACCAUUUCUGAGGGAGGUGCGUCAUUGGCUGGGGGAUAAUGACAAACUCCUGAAGCAAGUGCAUAAUCAGAAAGUGAUACACGUGAAUAAUUACUACAGCCUUGAACAAACGGUCUUUAAUCUCCUGCGUUCUAAACGUCCAUCCUCUGAAACAAGUGAGGGUACACAAGAGUAUGUUGAUAAGCUGGAUGCCCUGACUAGAAGAACUUGUGAUUUCUGUCGAUAUAAAACAAAUACUGCUGAUGAUAUAUUUGGAAGAAUUGAAGGACAGUAUUCUGUCAGCGCGUCCAACACGUUCAAGCUUGAGAAGUGGCACAGCCUGUUCCUGAGCAAGAAACACAGUCCAGUAGACCUCACAGAAGAAGAAUUCUUGGAUCUUUUCAACACAUCACUGAAAUGGUUCAAAAAGGCAAACUCAGUUGAUGAGGAGUCAUGUUAUCCCAUGAUGAUCUAUGACACACUGCCAAAGGGGGGAGCAAGCCAGUUUCAUCCGCAUGCACACGGGUUCUUGGCAUCCCAGUAUCUCAGUCACAUGGCAGUACAACAAAAGGCUGCCAUCACUUAUAAGGAUGAAAAUGCUGGUGGAUAUUGGAAUGACUUAAUAGAGAUACAUUAUGCUCUUGGGCUUUCAGUCACAUUGGGUGAUGCAGUUGCAAUAUCUCCACUGACGCCAGUGAGAGAACAUGAGAUUAUUAUCUUCAGCAAUCACCCAGGGACAGAUCUGUUUCGCCUUUUCUAUUACGUGAUACAGACAUACUACCACAAGCUGGAACGCAUGUGCUUUAGCACAGGAUUAGCAUUUCCUGUCAUGUGCUCAAGAAGCAGCAGUGACUCGCUCCCAGCCACUAUUCGUAUAGGGACACGAGGGCAGUGCAACUCUCCCAUAAAUGAUGUCAGCUCUCUUGAGCUCUAUGUGAUGCAGAAUGUGCAUGUGGACCCUUAUAUAAUUAUCAGAGAUUUGCAGGAGACUGUGUCGAAACUAGGGAGGACUAGUUCGCUGGGGAAUGAGAAGAUGGUGAGACUGAGUGAUGAUUAAGUCUCUACUGCUUGUGAGUGUCUAUAUUUAGAAUGAUUUUAAAGAUGACUGUGAUGCUUUAGUCUGGUCAUUUUAUUGCUUUGAGACCCAUAUAUAACACUCAUCGCACGCAUGUAACAUGCCAGGUUAUUCAGCUUAUUUUGUUUGGAUUUUAAAAGCAGCCGGCUCAGGCCAGCAUUAGAUGAGAAUGUGAUUUUCCAAGUGUGAGAUGAAGUCCAGUCUUCUUGAACACCUGCAGACUGCCCUUAAUACUGCUGACGCCAUGAAGUUUGGUGUCAUUUGCACCGAUAUAAAAGUGAAUAUAACGAAGGAUCUGAAAGCAUAAAGGUGUAAAAUACUUAAUGGGGACAAAAUUAUUUUAUGGAUUCAUUGAUAUGUCUUCAGACAGACUUCUGAUCAUAUUUUAACUUAUAGUUUUGCUAAGUUUGUAUCUGCCGUUAAUUUAAUGAUUUACCGUUUGUAAUAAAACCAUAAUUCAGUAAAUGUUAUAUGUCAAGUA